UAUAUUAACCCCAGCUCCGCCUCCGCCCCCCUCUCUUUCCCCGUCUCCGCCCCCUCCACCCAGAUUCCUCCGCGCCGACCUUCCCCUCCAUGGACGACCUCGAGAAGGCCAUCCUGCUCGCCUCCGACUCCCCCGCCGCCGCCUCCGCCUCCCCGGCCGUCCGCGAGGAGGCGCUCGCCUUCUGCGCCCGCGCCCGCGACGAGUCCCCGCCGUCGUCCCUCCUCCGCCUCUGCCUCUCCGGCCUCGCCUCCUCGCCGCACGCGCACGUGCACUUCUGGUGCCUCCAAUCCCUCCACGACGCGCUCCUCCGCCGCCGCCUCGCCCUCCCCGAUGACCUCGCGCUGCUCCGCUCCUCCCUCCUCUCCCUCGCCUCCGCCUCCAACGCCGCCUCGCCGCCCUUCCUCCGUAACAAGCUCGCGCAGCUCAUCGCCCUCCUCGUCCGCCUCGAUUACCCGCACGUCUACCCUUCCUACUUCCUCGACCUACUGCCGCCGUCGCCGCCGCAGUCGGGCCCUGCGGACAUGUUCGCCCGCGUCCUCAUCUCUCUCGACGACGACCUGCUCUCCCAGGACUACCCCCGCAACGCUGACGAGGCCGCCGACGCUGGUAGAGUCAAGGACGCCAUGCGAGCGCAGUGCGUGCCCCAGAUCGCCCUCCACUGGCACGACGCUGCUGUGUCUCUCCGCGCUGCCGACCCUGCGACUGCCGCCGUAGCCCUUGAUGCGGCGCGCAGGUGCAUCUCCUGGAUCGAUGUUGCCCUGGUCGCCAACGAUGUGUUCGUUCCUCUUCUAUUUGACAUUGCGCUUUCCCCUGGAAGUGCUGCUCCACUUGCUGCGGCAGCGGUAGGGUGUCUUUCUGCCGUGGCUGCAAAGAGGAUGGAUGCGAGGGCAAAAGUGGCGUUGCUGAGGUCACUUCUGUCUGCACAGCAGGGGCUUGGUAGCCCAGACAGUGGGUUAAAGAUGGCAACUUUGGUGACGACUUAUGCUGCCGAGGCUCUUGAGUGUUAUCGCAAGCUUGGCCCUAGUGACACUGAUGGAACCGUGGCAUUGGAAAUGCUCGAAGAGGUGCUACCGGCUGUAUUUUCGGCAGCAGAGAGCUCUGAAGAAGAGGAGGUUGAUUCUGGUUCCGUGCUCGAGUUCUUAGCUGGGUAUGUGAGUACGAUGAAAGCUCCAUCUGACAAGCAGCUGGGGCACUUGGGACGUAUCUUGGAGGUGGUGCGGCAACAAAUGUCAUAUGAUCCAGUGUAUAGGGAGCAUCUUGAUGUGCCCGACAAGAUCGGAAAGGAGGAGGAGGAUCUAAUGGCAGAGCAACGCAAGGAUUUAGUCGCGUUGUUUAGGAACAUUUGUCGGGUGGCACCAUCUGCCACUCAGCAGUUCAUAAGAGGGUUGAUGGUGACAGCGCUCUCAUCUGCGGAAGCUACUGUUGAGGAUGUUGAAGUUACUCUUGCUCUGUUCUACCGCCUCGGGGAAACAGUGGGUGAGGAAGAGAUCCGUACUGGGAGUGGAUUGCUUGGGGAACUUGUGCCCAUGCUCCUUUCUGCUAGAUUCUCGUGCCACACACACCGCAUAGUUGCAUUAGUGUAUCUUGAGACAGUUACCCGAUACAUCAAGUUCAUGCAAGAGAAUGUGCAGUAUGUGCCACACCUUCUUGCUGCAUACUUGGAUGAGCGUGGCAUACACCAUCAAAAUUCCCACGUGAGCCGCCGUGCAGGCUACUUGUUCAUGAAAGCUGUCAAGUUGUUGAAGGCAAGGCUAGUGCCUUAUUUGGAUACUAUUUUGCAGAGCUUGGAGGAUGUACUAGGCCAAUUCACUGCUAUGGACUGGGGAAAUAAAGAUGCAAAGUUCUCCAGUUCAGAGGAUGGAAGCCAAGUUUUUGAGGCUGUUGGGUUGCUGAUCGGUAUUGAAGAGGUUUCACCAGAGAAGCAGGUUCAGUGCUUGACAGCUUUGCUGAAUCCUCUCUGCCAUCAGAUUGAGUCGCUUGUGAUGGGUGCCAAAGCGCAAGGACUUGAAGAAUCAUCUCCAAGAGCGAUGAGUCUUCAACAGAUUGUUGUUGCAUUGAAUAUGCUCACCAAGGGUUUUAAUGAGCGCCUCGUGAUGGUAAGUAGGCCAACGAUUGGGGUCAUGUUCAAAAAGACCCUCGAUGUUGUUUUACAAGUCCUAAUCUCAUUUCCUAAUAUGAGAUCCCUACGAUCUAAGGUCAUAUCCUUUCUGCACCGCAUGAUUGAGAUAUUAGGAAUCUCAGUGCUUCCAUGUAUUCCAGUCGCACUAAGACAAUUGCUUGUCAAUAAUGAGGCAAAAGAUAUGGUCGAUUUUCUUGUAUUAAUAAACCAAAUAAUAUCCAAGUUCAAUUCUUCAGCAAGCGGCAUACUGGAGGAUGUCUUUCCCACUAUUGCAAGUCGGUUGUCUGUGAUAUUAUCACAAGAUGCCUUUUCAACUGGUCCUGCAAGCAAUACUGAGGAAAUGCGGGAACUGCAAGAGCUGCAGAGGACAUUAUACACAUUCUUGCAUGCAAUGGUGACACAUGAUUUGUCUACAAUUCUCCUUGCUCCUACCUGUAGGCAGUAUUUGGAGACCAUAAUGCAGUUGCUUCUGUUUACUUCAUGCAGUCAUAAAGACAUACUACUCCGAAAGGCUUGUGUGCAGAUUUUUGUCCAACUUAUAAAGGACUGGUGCACCACUUCCAAAGUUGAUGAUAAGCUUCCUGGCUUCCGAGUGUUCAUGAUUGGGAAGUUUGCUACCGGUUGUUGUUUAUACAGUGUCCUUGAUAAAUCAUUUGAUUUACGUGAUGCAAAUUCGCUUGUUCUCUUUGGUGAAAUUGUAAUGGCUCAAAAGAUUAUGUAUGAAAGAUUCAGGGAGGACUUUGUUGUAAAUUUUGUCGUAAAAGAUCUCCCAGAAGCUCACUGCCCACCGGACCUAGCUGAACAGUACUACCAAAAGUUACAGGGAAACGACAUCAAAGCAUUCAGGUCAUUUUAUCAGUCACUUAUUGAGAAAAUAAGACAACAACAGAAUGGGAGUCUUGUGUUCAGAUAGCAUCAUUCAUUUUUUGUCAAUCUGUUUGCCAGUGGAAAAUUCUUCAAUUGUAUGGUUUGAAUAUAGGGUAGUUGUAUCGGUGAUGUAUAUAAAGCUACCAUUUCUGAGAUGUAUACCGCGGGAACAUUUUACAGUCUGGCUGCGUGACAAAGUUCAUUGUUCACCGCGUGUCAGUGAGAUGCAGGGGAAUAUAACCCAAGAGUUUCUGAUGAGAUAAUACAAGGUUCCAUUUAUUCAUUUCAAGAUCUCCCCCAAAAUGAUUAUUUGUUCUGGUACCCAGGCUUGAAAUUUUGCAAGUCUAUUUCAGUGAGCUAAAUAGUUGGGAUAGAAAGAGUAUGUGCUGGGCUGUGUUUUUCCUGACAGAAGUUGUCGCACCGCCUGUUGUCGUAUACCAAAUUUUGCCAGACUGUUGUGGUUUUCACCCCAUUUGGUCAGCUGGGGGUGUUGUACAGACUAUAAUAUCAUGGCUUUAUAAGGUCUAUGACCCGCUUUCGUUAUCUUUUA